CAUCUGGUUGUCACAGUCAUUUUACUUUUGGUUGGUCGUGAUUAAUGCAUACUCGAAGUCUGAAUGCGCUGCCUAGUGUUUUGCGAUUAAGUUUCUAAUCUUAUUCAUCUCUAUUGAUAAUUAAUGCUGUAGUUUUUUCUUCAUCGCCUUAUUGAAACUUUCUUUCGGCUUGUGAGGGGUUGUUGCACUGGCAUGGUCACAGCCAUGGAGAAAACACUUAAGGAAAAACUUGGGAAGGUUGGAUAUCAGAGUCCAGAAAACACCUCUAAAGAUGUCAUUAGUGCCUUGAAUGUCUACCGAGGUCUCACUUUUUCAGUGGAAGCUUUUGUUUUCAAUGAUGGAUCAAUGAAGGACCUUUGUACAAUACAUGGAACUAUUCCUGUACCCUAUAAGGUAUUUUCGAAUGGUACCAGGAAAGAACUGUUAAACUUGAAAGGAACGGUACCUGUACCAUAUAAGGGUAUGAAUUAUAACAUACCAGUGAAGAUUUGGAUAAUGGAUACUCAUCCAAAUAAUGCUCCAAUAUGUUACGUAAAUCCUACUUCUGACAUGAUUGUGAAACCGUCAAGAACUACAGACCACAGUGGAAAAAUAUACCUACCUUUCUUACACUUUUGGGAUCCACGCGGUGCAGAGCUUCUACCCUCUCUUAUAAAAAAUAUGAUAAGUGCUUUCUCAGCGGAGCCUCCUGUUUAUGCAAAGCCAAAGGAAGCUGCUCAGCAGCAACAGCAAGCAAACCAGCAGCAGUCAGCUUCUUCCGGUUUCACACCUUAUCCUACACAGCCCUACAUGCCAAUGCCAGCAGCUGGUAGUAACCCAAUGUACAACAAUAUUCCAUCGUCGUCCCCCUAUCCAUCAUCUGGGGCACCAUAUCCAGGAGGGUUCCCAACUCCUUAUCCAAAUUAUAACUCUGGCUCUGGUGCUGGCUCAGGGUAUCCAGCAUAUCCUACAGGAAACAGUCAGCUCCCCUAUCCUGCCUAUCCUUCUUAUCCUGGGGGUCCACCGGCCCCACCAACUGGUAACACACAGAGCUCAGGUGCUGCUUUAGGUACAGGAACAAUUACAGAGGAGCACAUCAAAGCUUCUCUACUCUCUGCUGUGGAAGAUAAAAUGCGGCGGUCUUUACGUGAGCAGUCCAGCCGUGCGCGUGAUGAACUGGAAAUUCUACGGCAAACGGAGUCAGAGUUAAGAGAAGGAAAGAGUCGACUUGAUGAUAUUUUGGCCAGACUCACAAGAGAACAGGAGGAGCUAGAUAAGAACAUUUCCAUGCUGAAGGACAAGGAACAAGAGCUCAGCAAAGCCACUGAGCGUCUGUCUGAUGAGGAUCCUGUCGAUGUAGAUGAAGCAGUAACUACCACUGCUCCACUUUAUAAACAGAUAUUAAAUUCAUAUGCAGAGGAAGCAGCCCUAGAAGACGCCAUUUAUUAUGUAGGAGAAGCCUUACGUCGUGGUGUGAUUGAUUUGGAUGUGUUUUUGAAGCAAGUCAGGUCUUUGUCUCGUAGGCAAUUCAUGUUACGAGCCUUAAUGCAGAAAUGUCGCCAAAAGGCUGGUCUUAAGUAAAUUACAUCUGUUUUUACUAACCAGUCAGGUGCUGUUCCACAUUUUUGUUUUAUAGUGCCUUUGUUUUUACAAGUACCCCAAUUUCCACUCCCUCCCUUAAAAAACAUCAUAAAGUUUUUAAUAAAUUUAAUCAAAACUGCUAAGAAGCUCUAAAAAUAUGGAGGGAAAAAUAUUAUGUAAACAAGCAACAUACAGAUGUUUUUGUCCAAUCUUGUUGUUUUGACUCUCUGUCAUCGCUGGAUGUUUGCAUGCAUAUUUUUAACAGAAUUAAUUGCUUUGCUACACAUGACUGUUGUAGAUGAAGUGAAAUAUUUGAGGAUGACAUGUGCACUAUAGUUUGCAAUGUUUAUCUUGCACUAUGUCCUAUAGUAUCUGUGAUGCAAUGCUGUUAAUGGUUUCUUUUUUAAAAUAUAUAUUUAUGGCUCAAAAUAAGAGUUGCUUUAGUUAUUUUCUGCAGUGAAUCGAAUAUUUUAAGAUUGUAAGAUGGCUUACUUGAUCAUAAUUAACAUAAUUGUUGCUGUCUGCCAAUUCUGAUGAAGUUUGUCAGCAUUGCCCACAGUUGUCUUAUUUGAUACCACCUAUUAUGUAGGUUUAUAUUUUCUGAACUUUCACACCAUGUGUAUUCUAUAUUAGCUUCAUGUAAUUAUAACUUUCAGUUUUUUUAGAGGUGCCUAUUAAGCUUUAGGUGAUGCUGAUAUGCGAAGACAUUUAUAAGUGACAAAUAAUGUUAUGAGUAUAUGAACAAUUUAUUUUUAUUAUGUAAUUUGAAACUUCACUUCUUUGUAUGAUGGUUAAAAUGUGCAGCUUCUGUAAACAUUGGACCUAAUUUGAAUGGUAUUGCCUUCAGGUUAUUACCAACUGGAAAUUAAAGGAACACAGUAUGCAAA